AGUCCUUCCUGAAGACAUCAUGUUGGUUUGUUCUGCUUGGUUACUGAUUGUGGGUUACUUUGUACCUGUUACAUUCUCAUAUGAGAAUUUUACUGUGCAUGGCAACUGCUCAGGGACUCUCCUGCAAGAGAGGUUUGCUGUAUGGGGAACGCCGAGUCAGCCUUUGACCUGCGCACUAUAUGGGACAGACCGAUGUAAUGGCAGCCUUCCACCACAUCUAGAGGGUGACAUACCAGCUACAGCUCCUGCUUCCUUGUCGGUACAUGGAGGGCUUAUUAAAGACCCAAAAAGCAAUAGCAGCCCCCAGAUGAUCAUAGAAUGGGAAAUAUCAGAAACUACAGAAGGGUCUGGACGUGGGCACAUUCGGGCAUUUCUUCUUGAAAUACGGACCUAUGACUCCACAAAUAACAGCUCUAAACUAGUUUGCAGGAUUUUUGACUUUUCUGAUUCUCUGUUCGACGUAAGCGGUACAAAGCUGAAGUUCCAGAAGAAACUGGUUGGAUUCUCUGGCGGGUCACACCUGCUGUAUCAGUUGGAUCUGACAUCCCUUCCACGUCACCCACCAGAUGCCAGACUGACCAAGUUCUUCACGCUGCAGCCAUUUCAAAAGGGAAUGGUAAUACCUGCAAGCAACUGGAUCCCGUUUUUAUCCUAUGACGAGGUGAACUUCACUGCACCUGCAACUAUCGAGGCCAGAUUCAGCCUAGCACUUCCGACAUAUGGCUUCAGACAAUACACUGUGAUGCUGGUAUCGAAGAAUGACAGUCUAAAUGCUGUAGAGACAUGCAUUAUGUCGAUCGAUUCUAGUUACUUUUGCCAAGGCACGAAAGUCGAUCCUCCUUCACAGAAUGAUACCACAGUUUUGGCAUCCUUCAGUGAUAUUGCAGUUGGACAAUACGUCAUCCAUAUUCAGCCUGUGGACCCCUACAGACAGGAUGACGAUAGGUGCGUGUGUUAUUCCACCCAUGGAGUGAGGCUAUGCCAACCGUGUCUUGAUACAUCCUCCACCGUGUUUACAGUAGUUACCAAUUCAGAUAUGCCAACUACAACAACCUUGCCAAUGACAACAAAAGGCAUCACGCCAACUACUAGCACAACCUCGCCCAUGAUAGUUACAACAACAACUCCAAUGUUAAAUACAACCACUUCUUCAGUGAUAAAUACAACCACUUCUCCAGUGAUAAAUACAACCACGUCUCCAGCGAUAAAUAUAACCACCUCUCCUGAGAUAAAUACAACCACCUCUCCAGUGAUAAAUACGACCACUUCUCCAGUGAUCAAUACAACCACUUACACAACCACCUCUCCAGUGAUAAAUACAACCACCUCUCCAGUGAUAAAUACAACCACUUCUCCAGUGAUCAAUACAACCACUUAUACAACCACCUCUCCAGUGAUAAAUACAACCACCUCUCCAGUGAUAAAUACAACCACCUCUCCAGUGAUAAAUACAACCACCUCUCCAGUGAUAAAUACAACCACAUCUCCAGUGAUAAAUACAACCACCACUUCUCCAGUGAUCAAUACAACCACCACUUCUCCAGUGAUCAAUACAACCACUUCUCCAGUGAUACAUACAACCACCACUUCUCCAGUGAUAAAUACAACCACCUCUCCGGUGAUAAAUGCAACCACCUCUCCUGAGAUAAAUACAACCAGCACUCCAGUGAUAAGUACAACCACGUCUCCAGUGAUCUAUACAACCACCGCUCCAGUGAUAAAUACAACCACGUCUCCAGUGAUCAAUACAACCACCGCUCCAGUGAUAAAUACAACCACCUCUCCAGUGAUAAAUACAACCACCACUCCAAUCAUAAAUACAACCACCACUCCAGUGAUCAAUACAACCACCUCUCCAGUGAUAAAUACAACCACUUCUCCAGUGAUAAAUACAACCACCACUCCAAUCAUAAAUACAACCACCUCUUCUGUGAUUAAUACAACCACCACUCCAGUGAUAAAUACAACCACCACUUCAAUCAUAAAUACAACCAUGUCUUCUGUGAUUAAUACAACCGCCACUCCAGUGAUAAAUACAACCACCGCUCCAGUGAUAAAUACAACCACCUCUUAUGUGAUUAAUACAACCAGCACUCCAGUGAUAAGUACAACCAUGUCUCCAGUGAUCAAUACAACCACCACUCCAGUGAUAAAUACAACCACCUCUCCAGUGAUAAAUACAACCACUUCUCCAGUGAUAAAUACAACCACUUCUUCAGUGAUAAAUACAACCACCACUCCAAUCAUAAAUACAACCACCUCUUCUGUGAUCAAUACAACUCCCUCUCCAGUGGUCAAUACAACCACUCCAGUGAUAAAUACAACAACCUCUUUUGUGACUAAUACAACUGCCACUCCAGUGAUAAAUACAACCACCGCUCCAAUCAUAAAUAUAACCACCCAUCCAACGAUAAAUACAACCACCACUCCAAUCAUAAAUACAACCACCACUCCUGUGACGAAUCCAACCAGCGCUCCACUGAUAACUACAACCACCACGCCCACGUUAGCUACAACCACCACGUCCGUGAUGACUGCAACCACUACGACUACGAUAGAUCCCGUUCCCAGCGCAGCCGGGAAACGGACACAAAUGCAAGGAUCGAUACAUCUCAUGCUUUUUCCACUCUGGUUUACAUUAUGCAGUUGAUAUAAAUGGUGGUAUAAACCAAAACACCAAACUAUGCAUUUAUUUAUG